AUGGCGGCUGUUGUGAACGUAUAUGCAACGUCCGCGACGACGGAAAAUCUAUCUAGACAUGAGAUGCUUAUGUGGGUAAACGACUGCUUACAAAGUAAUUUUACGAAAAUCGAACAGUUACACACUGGAGCCGGAUAUGCGCAGUUCACCGAUUUUCUUUUUCCUGGAUCGAUUCCAUUGCGAAAGGUAAAGUGGAAUUCCAAUCUCGAGCUUGACUGGCUUGGGAACUGGAAAAUCGUGCAAACUUCAUGGAAGACCUUAGGUGUUGAGAAGAUUGUGCCUGUGGAUAAGCUUAUCAAGGGAAAAUUCCAGGACAAUUUCGAAUUUUUGCAAUGGUUCAAAAAAUUCUUUGACGCGAAUUACGAUGGGCACGAGUACAAUCCAUUAGAUGCUCGCGGAGGAGAACCAUUGCCUGCAGAAAUACCGGGGCCUGGUGGAAAACCUGCCACGGCGUCGAAAAUGCAGAUGCCAACACGAACGAAUAGUGCUGGAGUAACGUAA